AUGAUCCCAGCAGGGCUCCCCGCCCACAACGUUGAAGAGUGGAGAAUUCACACAGGAGAGAGGCCCUAUGAAUGCAGUGAGUGUGGGAAGAACUUCACUCGCAGCUCAAACCUUAUUGCCCAUCAAAGAAUCCACACAGGGGAGCGGCCCUAUAAAUGCUGUGAGUGUGGGAAAACCUUCUAUUGCCACUCAAAGCUUAUUGCCCAUCAAAGAAUCCACACGGAGGAGUGGCCCUAUAAAUGCAGUGAGUGUGGGAAAUACUUCACUGAGAGCUCAGCCCUUUCUGCACAUCAGAGAAUCCACAUGGGGAAGACGCCCUUUGAAUGCCAUGAGUGUGGGAAAAUCUUCAGUCGCAGCUCGCACCUUAUUAGACAUCAGACAGUCCACACAGGGGAGAGGCCCUAUGAAUGCAGUGAGUGUGGGAAAACCUUCAGUCGCAGUUCACACCUUAUUAGACAUCAGACACAUCACAGAAUCCACACAGGGAAGAGGCCCUAUGAAUGCACUGAGUUUGGAAAAUGCUUCCCUAGCAGCUCAGGCCUUUCUCAACAUCAGAGAAUCCACACAGGGGAGAGGCCCUAUGAAUGCAGUGAAUGUGGGAAAACCUUCAGUCGCAGUUCACACCUGCUUACCCAUCAGAGAAUCCACACAGGGGAGAGGCCCUAUGAAUGCAGUGAGUGUGGUAAAUGCUUCACUAGCAGCUCAGGCCUUUAUCAACAUCAGAGAAUCCACACAGGGGAGAGGCCCUAUGAAUGCAGUGAGUGUGGAAAAUGCUUCACUGACAGCUCAGCCCUUUCUCAACAUCAGAGAAUCCACACAGGGGAGAGGCCCUAUGAAUGCAGUGAAUGUGGUAAAUGCUUCACUAGCAGCUCAGGCCUUUCUCAACAUCAGAGAAUCCACACAGGGGAGAGGCCCUAUGAAUGCAGUGAAUGUGGGAAAAACUUCACUAGCAGCUCACACCUUCUUACCCAUCAGAAAAUCCACACAGGGGAGAGGCCCUAUGAAUGCAGUGAAUGUGGGAAAAACUUCACUAGCAACUCAAACCUUCUUGUCCAUCAGAGAAUCCACACAGGGGAGAGGCUCUAUGAAUGCAGUGAGUGUGGAAAAUGCUUCACUGACAGCUCAUCCCUUUCUCGACAUCAGAGAAUCCACACAGGGGAGAGGCCCUAUGAAUGCAGUGAGUGUGGGAAAACCUUCAGUCACAGCUCAAACCUUCUUACCCAUCAGAGAAUCCACACAGGGGAGAGGCCCUAUGAAUGCAGUGUGUGUGGAAAAUGCUUCACUUGCAGCUCAGGCCUUUAUCAACAUCGGAGAAUCCACACAGGAGAGAGGCCCUAUGAAUGCAGUGAGUGUGGAAAAUGCUUCACUGACAGCUCAUCCCUUUCUCAACAUCAGAGAAUCCACACAGGGGAGAGGCCCUAUGAAUGCAGUGAAUGUGGGGGAAAAUUCAGUCGCAGUUCACACCUUAUUACACAUCAGAGAAUCCACACAGGGGAGAGGCCCUAUGAAUGCAGUGAGUGUGGAAAAUGCUUCACUAACAGUUCAGCCCUUUCUCAACAUCAGAGAAUCCACACAGGGGAGAGGCCCUCUGAAUGCAGUGAGUGUGGGAAAACCUUUAUUACGAGCUCAGACCUUAUUAGGCGUCAGAGAAUCCACACAGGGGAGAGGCCCUAUAAAUGCAGUGAGUGCGGGAAAACC